AUAAACCUGACUGAUUACCUGAUAAACAUGGAGAGUAUUUUUCAUGAAAAGCAAGAGGGAUACCUGUGCGCCCAACAUUGUCUGAAUGCGCUGCUCCAGGGGCCAUAUUUCAACGCCGUCGACCUGGCAAACCUGGCCCAGCAGAUGGACGAAGAGGAGAGACUGCGAAUGGCCGAGUCCGGAGUCGACUCUGACGACUACAGGCGAUUCAUGCAGCAACCGUCAGAGAACAUGGACGACAGCGGGUAUUUUUCUGUCCAAGUGAUAAGCAGUGCACUUAAAGUCUGGGGCCUUGAGUUGAUACCUUACAAUAGCACCGAACCAACAGCACUUAUUGCACAAGAUAAUCCUUCACAAAUGAGAGCUUAUAUAUGUAAUUACAAAGGGCACUGGUUCACGAUACGCAAGCUGGGGAACCAGUGGUUCAAUUUAAAUUCCGUGUUGAGUGGACCCCAGCUGCUUUCUGACACCUACUUGUCUAUGUUCAUUGCACAGUUACUUCAAGAAGGUUACUCAAUUUUUAUAGUAAUUGGAGAUCUCCCCCAAUGCACAGCCGACGACGUGCUGCUAAAAAACCCAGUAACGACAGCCAGUAAAUCUAGACCUUCAGUCACUAAACCGGAGUCUGUGGGCUACAGAUUGGGAACUGCGGCAGAGGAUGAGCGGGAAAAAAUUCAGCAAGCAGUUGCUGCUUUUGGUCGUGUCCAGGUUCCUGCUUCUUCGCUCAACUCAUUCACGGCGUCAUCGUCAGGAGAAAAAUCUAAAGAAAGAAUAAUACCCAUCACCGUAGAAGAUGACGACGACGGAUACGACGACGCGGCGAAUUUGAAAAAAGCGCUUCAGCUCUCGCUCCAAGACACCGACGACGACACUGAGAAAUCUCUCAAACUGAGACUGAAACUGGAUUCAAAUUCAAAGCAGACGCCGCCAGAGGAAGAGGAGGACGAUGAGCUUAGGAAGGCUCUCCAGCUGAGUCUGGAAUGCGUCACCGCUCCAACUACUCCAGAUCCCGACGACUUGCGCUGGAGACGUCUCGCGUACCUGGGCAGCCUCUCAAGAUCCGGAAACGAGUCUCAAUUAAAUACUUAACAUUUUUUUUAAUUUCUUCACUUUUUCUUUUUAAAUUUAAUACCCGAGUUUCGAAAAUUAUUAUUAUUAUUCACGAACAAAAUCAAGGUCAAUACUUUUUUUCUUACAUUAUUAUCAUUAUCAUUACUAUUGAUUAUUAUUAUUAUAACAUAAUUGUUAACGGUCAUGAAAAUUUUUCCAAUUAAUUAAUUAAACUGAAAGUUAUUAUAAAAUAUUAUUAAUUAUUGGGAUUUA